GGUUACAAUGCACGAAGUUGUUGUUCGACGACAUACAGCAAAGAACAAAUUCGUUUACAGAAAUGGCCUCGCCAAACGCUGGGAAAAUCAAAUGCAUAUUUUUCAGCGAGUUCCAUCCAACGGCAGGCCCUAAAAUAGCAUUUCAGGUUCCAGAGGAGAUCAUCUCUAAAGACUUGUUUGAUGCCAUCCAGAUUUACAUCAUCACAAAGCCAGAGUUGAAGACAAGACUGAUCACUGUGAAUACGCUUGGACACAAGAUAGUAGGCUGCCCAGUGUACAUUGACAACAAGAAAUACGACCGGAAUGCCCUGAUCUUCAACUGCUGUUUCCUGUUUGACUGCGACACCCGCACAGCCCGUUAUGAGCCUGUCGUGAAAAAGCUGGCUGCAUACUUUACUCAACUGGAGCUGGAGAGCAGUUUUUUGUCAGAUGAAGAAAAGAAGAGCAAUAUUCCAUCCCUCCUGUCACAGAUAUUGCAGAAUUUAAACAAGUCGGGAAGUUGCAGCAUGGAUGUCAACGACAGUUGCACCAUCAGCCUGAAGUUGUCUCCCCUGAUUGAGGACCCAAAGCCCGUGCAGGACCAUGAUGUCCCCGUGUUCCUGUCUGACAGGCCCCGUGUGAACCCCGCACGCUGGGACCUUACUACUCAGCAGAUUUUACAGUUCAUAGACGGCUAUAACCAUGCAGCCAAAAUAGCGGCCGAGGCAGAUAUUGAGAUCAACCUGGUCAAAGCUUGCCUGCAAAAUCUCUUGCACAUUGAUGUGAUAACAGUGAUAUCUGUGUUUCAAUACUCGAACAUGUUUACAACCACAAGCAAUCUACAACAGCUGAUAGAGAACCCCUGUCUGCAGGCAGAGUGUCUCCAAGCUGUGGCCACCAACAGUCACGUGAAGCCCUUAUUUCGUGAUGUGUUCAUGCUGUACUGCAGCCUGACGCAGGGUCUGACGGUGAGGGAUCUGUGCCUGAGGUUCAGCCCACACGCCAUGAAGAUUGAUGAGAAGAAGUUCAUACAGUUUGGGCUGAAGCGGCAGCUAAUCCGGCGUGUCCACGGUUACCCAGUCAGACUGCCCAGUGAGGGCCGCAGUGGGCCCAAGGUGACCGCAGUGUCCAAGUGGCUCAACGGCAUGCACAGUAUGGAUGAGAUCUGCUGCAAGGAAGGUUUAACCUUCAAAGAUCUUGAAGAGAUCAUUGAGAAUGAUCUAAGUAUAGUGGUUUGCUGGAAGUGACCAGUGGUAUGCUGGAAGUGACCAGUGGUUUGCUGGAAGUGACCAGUGGUUUGAGGGAAGUGAACAGCCGUGUGGUGGAAGAGACCAGUAAUAUGCUGAAGUGACCAGUGUAAUACUGGAUUCAACCAGUGGUCAUCUGGAAGUAUCAGACGCUGAAGUGACCAGUGGUUUGAUUGAAUUGACCAGUAGCAUAUGUCAUUUACCAGAAGUUGAAGUGACAGAAGUUACCAGUAGCUGGAUUCACUUCAAACUGUUGAUUGGAAGUGACUUGCUGUAAAAGUCCAUUGGUUUUGUUGAUGGCCCAGUGAAUGCAGGGGACCACUGGACAUUUUUGGUGCUGACAAUGUGGUCAGUUGUGGUCUCUGCUGAAGUGACCAGUGGUGGCUUAUGAAUGGAUGUAUGAUGCCUGGUGUUCUAAUUUGGGACCAAUUAGCAGUACUUGAAGUGACCUAGGGCAGGAAAAAAGGUUUCACAAAUACUUGUGUUAAGCAGGGACAUGUAUACUGUUCAGUGCUGAUUUCAUACAAUUAUUUGUGUACUCGUAAUAAGAAUGUACUGCAGUGAAAUUUGCAGACCAAAUUAUCUCUGUGAAAUCCAAUGAAUCCGAUGUACAAAAGGGAACAAUUCUUAAUUUGUUAUAAAGAUUUUGUUAUUCAACAAAUUGUUAUUUGAAAAGACUUCUGAAACGGUUAGGGACAUUCUUUUCCCUGUUAAAUGAACUUUGUAAAGAUAUUUUUGAUAGAUUAUAGACAAUUACAUGUGUCUGUUAGUGUUGAAAUGAAGAUUCCACAAUUUACUUUGGUCAGUAGAGAAUGCCCUCCAAAGAAUACAGAAGUGAUAUACAUAUACAAUGUUAUUUUAUGUUUUAAACUGUGCAAUAUGUUGUUUUGUUAGUUGUUCAGAUAUUUAUUUUUAAUUCAUGUGUUUUAUUAUUUUAUUUCAUGGAGUAAAAGUAUUUUUUAAUGUUGUUUAAAUGUUAAUACCUAAUGACAAUGUAAUAAUGCUUCAAAAUAUCUGUAAAUUUCAAAGAAAUUCAUUUUUGAAAAAAUGAACAUUUGAGGUGUGUAAAGCCAGUACGGUAGUGUUAGUAUGUUUGUCUGUCCAUCUGUCCGUCUGUCCAGCAUUACAUUUUCUAGAGUUUUUUUUUAUGCAAGGCUUAAGAUAUUGAGCUGAUGUUUGGUAUGUAAGUUAACACACAUGACCUUCAGAUGAAGUGUAAAAUUCAUUCCAUUCUGUUGAUUUUUGAUGAAGAAGACGGGCAUGUGACUGAUCUAAAGUUUUGCCAAGGGAAGCAAUAAGCUUUAAAGGCAGAUAUUUCAUUUGGCAGGUACAAUGUCUAUUUUCAACAAGGGAAGUAAUAUUUUUAAAGGGAUAUAAUCCAAGGGAGGACGUUUUAUAAAUAGAAAGAAAAGGCAUGGAGAUUUGAGACAAAAGUGGAUACAGAAAUUAUCUAUAAUAACUGUUUUCCGGAGUUUUUUAACACAAGGCUUUCAGAUAUUGAGCUGCUUUUUGGUAUGUGAGUCCACAUACAUGAGGUGUGGGUCUUGGACUUUUCUCUAUAAUAACUGUUUUCCUGAGGGUUUUUUAUGCAACACUUUCAGAUAUUGAACUGAUUUUUGAUAUCUUAGUCUAGCUACAUGAUUUACAGAUGCAGUGUGACAUUAAUUUCGGUCUGUUGAAUUUUGGCGUAGUUAUGGGCGUUGGACUUCGAAAUUGUUAAAAUAAUAACCGUUUUCCGGAGGUUUUUAAUGCAUAUCUUUCAGAAAUUGAGGUAAUUUUUGGUAUGUGAGUCUACCUAAAUGACCUACAGAUCUAUUAUGACCUUUUUCAGGAGUUUUUUAUGCAACGCUUUCAGAGAUUGAGCUGUUUUUUGGUAUUGGACUUGCAGAUUUAGUGUGAAAUUUGUUUCGGUCCAUGAAUUUUUAGCUAAGUUAUCGGCCUUGUUUUCCAUGAUGUUGCCAUGUGGCUUCAAAGCGAAGUUCGGGGCAUUGUGUUUCACAAAUACAGCUCUUGUUUUCCCCAUUUUUUGCUCGGCUGUUUUUGGAGAAAACCCGAGGUAUUGUCAUAGCCAGCUAGUCCUAUCGUCCGCGUUGUGCUAAAACCAUGACAUUUUGCUCUAAAAUCAAAGUGCUUCCACCUACAACUCUGAAACAUCAUGUGUAGAUGCACCUUGAGGAGUUCUCUACGCCACACUCAUUUUUGGGUUACUAGGUCAAAGGCAAGGUAACUGUGACCUCUAAAAUAAAAAAUUCUGACAAGCUUUUAUUUAUUCAAAACUGCACCCGCAGCCGAGCGUUGGCACAUGUUAUGCAGUGCUCUUGUUUAGAAAUAAAAUUUGCUGUUAAAAUGUUCAGUUUAAAAACUCUGUGAUGGUAAGUGCUAGAUUUGUAUAUAAAAAUCUGCAUGUGUGA